AUGAGGAUGAAGAAAAACAAUCAGGUUUCAUUUCUAAUACUGCCAGUGUUGUUGAGGCUUCUAACUCUGUCAAAUGCAGAGCUUGAUGCAUUUGCAUACCAGAGCCAGAGUAGUAGUAGUAAUCUUGGUGGUGCUGUGAGUGAGAUUAAGGUUGGUGUGAUUCUUGAUAUGGGAUCAUGGGUAGGGAAGGUUGUUCAUAGCUGCAUUAUGAUGGCAAUUUCCGAUUUUUAUGCUGUAAAUAAUCACUAUAAAACAAGGGUUGUUCUUCAUACAAGGGAUUCCAAUGGGGAACCCCUGCUUGCUCUGUCUGCUGUUCAGAUAUUUCUGAUUCAGGUUUCUACUUUGCCCUUUGCAGCUCUUGAUCUAAUAGAUAACAUCAAGGUGCAAGCAAUGAUCAUAGGCCCUGAGACCUCGCUUGAAGAGAAACUUUUGGCCUUUUUAGGAGACAAAGCUAAAGUUCCUAUCAUUUCUUUCAUGACCAGUCCUUGCUCCACCCAUAAUCCUUAUUUUGUUCAAAUAAAAUCAGAUGAAAUCACUGAAUUCAAAGGCAUUACAGACAUUAUAGGGUCAUUUGGAUGGAGGAAUGUCAUCCUUGUUCAUGAGGACACUGAUUGUGGGAGAGAAAUUCUCCCAUUUUUAGCUAAUACCUUUGAAGAGACUGGUUUGCAUAUUGCAUACAUGAGUUCCAUUUCUCCAUCAGCCACUAAUGAUCAAAUUAUUGAAGAGCUUCACAAGCUCAUGACUACGCAAACAACAGUAUAUAUAGUCCAUAUCUCACCUUCUCUUGCUUCUCGGCUUUUUCUAAAUGUGAAAAAGCUAGGAAUGAUGACUGAAGGGUAUGCUUGGAUUGUAACUGCUAAAACCAUGAACCUACUGCAUAGCAUGGACUCUUCUGCCAUAGAGUCAAUGCAAGGAGCUUUCGGUUCCAAGUCAUACAUUCUGGCGUCAGGCGAGCUCCACAAUUUCACUCUAAGAUGGAAAAGGAAAUUUCACAUUCAAGAUCCUAGUUUUGAAGUGGCAGAGUUGAAUAUAUUUGGUAUAUGGGCAUAUGAUGCAAUUUGGGCACUGGCAAGGGCAGUUGAGAUGGUAAAAAAUGGCAGUCCUAGUGCACUAUCCCACCACCAUGGGGACUCAGGAGGGUCAGAACCAACUAGGAAAUGCAGCUUGGGGCGGAACUUGACGGACUUGGUUAACAUUGGAACCUCUCAAAGUGGGUCAAUGCUUCUAAAAGAGAUAUUACAGAGUAGAUUUGUGGGUUUAAGUGGUGAUUUUCGACUCAUGAAUGGGAGAUUGAUCUCCGAGGCCUUUGAAAUAGUGAAUGUGAUCAGCAGAAUUGAAAGGAGAGUUGGGUUUUGGACAUCAACAUAUGGAAUUACAAAGCAAAUGUACCCAUCCAACAGCGGUCUUGAAGCCAUUGUAUGGCCAGGCGGUUCUACAACCACUCCAAAAGGUUGGUUGGUGAGAAUGAGUGGGAAAAGGCUUAGAAUUGGUGUUCCGAGAACAGGGUUCAAGGAAUUGAUAAAUGUAAACCGCAAUCCUCAAACCAAUGCAACCACUGUCACUGGCCUUUGUGUAGAUGUAUUCAAUGCUGCCAUUGAAGCCUUACAAUAUGAACUGCCUCAUGAAUUUUUUCCAUUUGAGGAUGCCAAUGGACAGAUGGCAGGAACAUACAAUGAUCUUGUAGACCAGGUCUAUCUUCAGAAUUAUGAUGCUGUUGUGGGGGAUGUUACUAUCACGGCCAACAGAUCUUUGUAUGUCGACUUCACAUUGACUUACACCGACAUAGGUGUUGGAAGAGUAGCUCGAGUUGACAUGAAGAAGAACAUGUGGAUCUUCUUGAAGCCACUUGAUUCAGAUCUGUGGCUAACAAGUGCUGGUUUCUUUAUCCUAACAGGCUUUGUGGUUUGGAUCAUUGAACGUCCCAUUAAUGAAGAAUUCCAAGGUUCACGAGCUCAGCAAAUUGGGACCGUCCUCUGGUUCUCCUUUUCAACCCUUGUUUUUGCCCAUAGUAAGCUUUUUGUCUCAUUUCUCUUCUCCAAAACCGGAUCACCUUUUUUUGUGUGUUGA